AUGAGUGCAAAUGCUGAUAUAGACAGCCAAGCAUUGAACCCGGAAGGCAAGCCUCGGCCUCUGGAAGCCGCAAAGCCGACCAACAACAACCCUGCCGGAAUAAGCCGAAAGGCCGCGACGAAGAAAGGCCCAGUUUUUGGAAGGACUUCCUUCAUGGCCACCAUGGCCGUGCCCCAGAAGAAAAAAGGGGAUAUCAGGAGACCCCAUUCCAAAGCAACCCCCGCCAAUUCCAACAGAGCCGAACCUGAUUCCUCGCUCAACCGGUUAGGGUUUACAGACGAAUCACCAUUGGGACUGACCACGCACUCGACGUCCGAUCCAGUGCCGAUACACUCAAUCUCAUCGGACGGCGUUGAGGGCUCAAUUUCCAGUUCCUUUUCUGAAGUUCUGCUCCUAGCUCUGAAAUUGGAUGAAAACACUCGAGUUCUAGUUCUGCUCGAAUACCGUAACUGCGAGGAGAAAUUCUGCUUUCUGAGAGUAAUGGUGAGGCGACUGGUCGGUGUCGCACCCUCCUCAAGGGCCACAACCGCCGUCGCUCAGCUGCUCCUUGGCCGCUGCGCGUGCGCUGUCCUACGCUUCCCGUUACCAAGCGAGGAUAAGAUGGCAACUGGAGCUGGAGUCGAGACACUUGUUGAUCAAACAAUAUCAAUCAUCACAAAUGACGGGCGAAAUAUUGUGGGAGUCUUGAAAGGCUUUGAUCAGGCUACCAACAUAAUUCUUGAUGAAUCUCAUGAACGAGUAUACUCCACCAAGGAAGGUGUACAGCAGCUUGUGUUGGGUCUCUACAUAAUACGUGGUGAUAAUAUAAGCAUUGUUGGAGAAUUAGAUGAAGAGCUGGAUGCAAGCUUGGACUUAUCAAAGCUCAGAGCUCACCCUUUGAUGCCUGUCAUCCACUGAUAAAUACCUUCUCAAAAACCAUAUGUAGGGCCCUUAAAAACAGUUGAGAUUGGAUUUGUUGGAAAACAAAUGUGACAAGCUAGAAAAGCUGGAAUAGAUUCGGGGGAGAAAGGUUGUAGAUGCACUGAUUUGUAUCUGACAUAUUCUGUUAUCGGUUUUUCUUUUGUGGUACAUU